AUGCACAAGGUGCCAAAAUUACGGACAUACGAAAACGUAUUGUUCAAACCAUAUGCAUGUGUAAAAUGUGGAGGCCAACAUAGAACUGCAACAUGUAAGAAAACAUUAGAUACUCCAGAUAAAUGCGUGCUUUUUGAAGAAAAUCAUCCAGCAAGUUAUAAAGGAUGUGAUGUAUACAAUAAUCUCCAAAAAGCUAGGAGAAGACCUAUAAAUCAAAUACCCAGUCAAAAUAAUACACAAAGGAACAUUAAUAUCAAUGACAUAAAUCAAUUCCCGCAAAUAAACACUCAUCAACCUCAAAUCAAUCCACAGCCAAUUCCACAAACUUCAUACGCCCAAAGAGUCACCCGCAACCAAUCUUCCGAUAUAUCUGAACAGUGA